AUGAGCCCUUCGGUCUCGUCCCAUGCGGCAAAUCAUGAUUGCAUGUUGGCACAGAUCGACCCGGUUGGUCCGUUGGAACGUCCCAAGCCAGCCUCAUCAGUGCUUGAUCGAAUUCCGAAAGUUGUGAUUGAUGAGCGAGUUUUUCCCUUGCCCGCUGAGCGGCGAGUGCAUGCCUCUUUGCAUCCCGCAGAGCAAUUUGCGCAAGACGUGCUGUCGUCUGGUGAACCUGUGACAGCAGCUUGUGUUGAGCGCCUUUUCAAUUUGUUACCUGCUAGGUUGGAUGAGCGAUUUGGUUCGGAUUCUGGCAGAUCCUUUGUAGCAGGUGUUUUCCGGCAUGGGGGUGUCGUUGGCCUCACGAACACCUGUCGUUCGUUUCCCCAAUCAGUCACCUUGGCCAUCACUUGGGCCAUGCAGCAAGCCGGGUCCAAGAUUUCAGAUUUUACAUUUUGCUCGAUUUCUUUGAACCUCAACGUAAAGACUGAAGUUCACCGCGACGUGAACAAUGAUGAUGCUGACAAUCUCGUGCUGGCUGUCACCAAUUUCUCAGGCGGACACAUCUGGGCCCAAUCCGAGUCCGGCAGCCACAUGCUGCCUGUCAAUGGGUCCUUGGUCCCUGGAGAAUUGUAUGACGUUGCAGCAGCCCCAGUGCGUUUCUAUGCACGAAAGCGCUUGCAUUGCACGAUGCCUUGGACGGGCGACAGGCUAGUCCUCAUUUUGUUCUCGGGCGGGGAUGCAACUCAGUUACCCAGCCUUGACUUUGAGCACCUUAAAUCCCUUGAGUUUAGGCCUGCGGUUUCAGCGUCCACGGCCUGCCCGCCGUUGGCGUAUGUUCCACCGCCUGCCGGAGCCCUUGAGCCAUUGCUUUCUAAGGUGUCUGCCAAGGUCAAGGGGGUGCCUCUUGAUAAUCUCAUGUUUCUUGAUGUUUUCUGUGGUACGGGGGGCCUCUGUGCAUCCAUCAGGCAGCUAGGCAUGAAGCUAAGUGUCGGUCUAGACCGUCACGCGCAACGAGGUUGCAAAUGUCCUGUUGUCUCACUGGACCUCACGAAGCCAGGAUCUCGGGCCAUUCUGCAUGAUCUCCUCAAACAGCCUAAUGUUGUUGCGUGCCACUUGUCUCCACCUGUAACCACCAGUUGUGCCUCCCUGCACGGCCCUCGCUCAGGUGGUUUCCGCAAUGCCGCGCACCCUGAGGGCCUGCCAGGUUUGCAAGGUAUUGAUCUUGAAUUGGUCCAGGGGGCCAACACACUUUUCGCCAUGUGUGCCGAGGUCUGGCAUUUCUGUUGGAGCCAUGGAGUAUUUUGCUCCAUUGCUCACCCGAGUCGAUCCAUCAUGUGGCUUUCAGCGUCACUUCGCUCCUGUCAGUCCACACCUUUCCUCUCCACCUCCCUGCACCAAUGCAUGUUCGGCUCCUACCGCAGGAAGGCCACUCGCCUCUUGCACACGGUGCCCUACCUGCAAAAGCUUGGUGUGACCUGUGACGGCGACCAUGAUCAUGAACCGUGGCGAUCCCCUGCACAAAAUCGCCUGAAAGAUGCAGGCCUGCCGCCUCUAUUGUGCAAGACUUUUGCCCAAGCACUUGUGGAUCAGCUGCUUGCGUGCGGUGCGCUUGCCCCGGCGUCCUCUCUUGCAAAUGCUUCCCUGUCGCUCUCCAUGGGCGCCCGUGUUGCUACAGCGACACAACCCUCGGGUCGCAGGAUCCCUCCACUGGUUCCUGAGUUUGCUCGCACAGUAAAGUUGGCAGGCCCGGCCGACCAGCUGCCGUGCACCUCAAAGACCAAGCUGGUGUCACCGUGGGCGGUUCCAAAUGCCUCCGAGCCAGCCCUUUGGUUCCCCGGGGUCUGGCGCCUGCCUCGGAGCCGGCUACAGGCCUGCAAAGCGAAACACCCGCGCUCCUUGGAUCAAGGCGUGCCAGCCGGCAUGUCAGCCUGUAUCGAUCGCUUGUGUGAGCACAGCUCGGUCAGUGUGGCGAGGGAACGCACUGCCGAACUUCGCAAGUGGAUGCUUAGGAAGAAAGAUCUUGAUGAGAGUUUUGAUGGACCCGCGCAUUGCAAGCAGAUUCUAGCUGGAAAACCCAUGAAACUCUUCGGGGAAAUGGUCGAGGCUGCCGGACAUGCUGAUGUGAACUUGGUACGAGAUAUACAUAACGGUUUCGACCUGCUUGGCGAGAUCCCUUCCUCGUCCGUCCUGCCGAAGAAAACCACAGUGGCAUCUCUCAGCAUCGAGGACGUAAGAAUCGCCACCCCGGCGAAUCAGCGUGCGAUUUGGGAGGCUACCCGCACUUGCAGGGAUCCUGAAAUCACUUCGGAAGUGUAUCGCCUUACCUUGGAGGAGCUCGCCGAUGUGCCAGAGACUGCCAUCGUUACACGCCGUUUUGGCGUCAGGCAAGGUGUGACGACGACGGCCACCGGUGUGGCGGCUAAGAUCCGUCCCAUCGACGACUUCACAGAAAGCCUGGCUAACUUGUCGUGCACGUGUGCGGAAACCAUCGACCCGCAUUCAGUGAACAUCAUUGUUGCCGGGAUCUUGAAGCGGUGCAGGAAGCGCGAGCUUGUGUCCACCAUCGAAUCCAUCGUGCAGCAAGGUGGAGCGCAUGCCAAAGAGCUUGAGUGCCUGCGGGGCCGUCUUCAGUUUGCCGAGUCGCAGGUGUUUGGUCGGGGCGCGGCCCAACGCAUGCGAGCUAUAUCAAAGGCAAUGAAGCUUUCAGGUUUUGUGGCUCUUGACGACUCCUUGACCGAGGCCCUGCUUUUCUUGAAAGAUCGAGUUUUGCACGGGGAAGCAAGGAUGAUCAGGGCCUGUGAUCGUCCCACCUAUCACUUGUUCACGGACGCUUCCUAUGAGGCGGAUGUGCCAGCAGGUCUAGGGGGCAUCCUUUAUAGUGAUGGGGGUUUGCUUCUUAGGUGGUACUCUGAGUCUGUCGACACGGACGUUCUAGAGGCCAUUAACAAGGAAGGCAAGAAAGGUCUGAUCUACGAGUUGGAGGCUUGUGCUGCAGUGCAGGGUGUGGUGCAACUUUGCAAUUCCUUGAAUGACUGCAACCUCAUUUGCUAUUGCGACAAUGAAGCCGCCCUCGCGGCUCUCAUCAAGUGUGCUUCCGAAUCCCCGGUGGUGGCAUCGCAGCUCAACAAGCUCAGCAUGCUUGAGGAUGAGAAAGGAAUCAGUGUAUGGUUCGAGAGAGUGGAGUCGUCUGCAAACCCCGCCGACGAUCCUUCACGCUUUGUGCUUGACAAGCUCCCCACUAGUUUCAGAGUCCGUUGGAUGCCAGGCGAAGAGCUGUUGUUCUAG